CUUGGUGGCUGCCGUCGGUUUGAGAAGGUUACGGCUACAUAACUGCGCUGAUAGCCGUCAAAUGUUAUGUAGGUACCUAUCCAUAUUUUUCUAUAAUCGUUUCGCAACAGCAUGGCAUCAAGGUUUGGCCACUCGACGCUCCACCAGCGAGAUUCCCGCAGCGCUCUGUUCGAGGGCUACAGCGGCAGCGGACGGAAUAGCGCCGACCCUGCGAGACGAGCGAGCCCGGCGCCGGGCGGCUACGGGUAUGGGUAUCCCGGAGGAAGCAACGGCGCGGCGAGCGGCGGUGGUAGUACGCACUUAGGCGUGGAUAGUAGGGGGAAUUACAGGCCUGCGACGCCGAAUUCGAGGGGCCAAUACAGCGACGCGGUGCUCAACGAGCUCGAGAGCCAGAACGACCAGCAGGUCGAGGGCAUCUUAGGGAAGGUCAAGAUCCUGAAAGAUAUGACUUCGGCUAUCGGCGACGAGAUCAGGGAGUCCUCGGCGCUCGCGGAGAAGAUGAACGAUACGUUUGACUCGACGCGCCUGCGGCUGCGCGGCACUAUGAACCGCAUGCUCGUCAUGGCGGAGCGCACCGGCGUCGGUUGGAAGGUGUGGCUGGCGUUCUUUGCUGCCGUCAUCUUUAUUUUCCUCUACGUCUGGCUAUUCUGAUUCCUAUGCCCGUUGCGGCUUGCGGCUUGCGGAUCUCUGAUCUUCACUUUGCCUACCAAGACUAGACGAGACGAAACGAAGCGAAGCAAAACGAGGCGAGACGACUUGGAAAAAAUGGAAGAGACAACAAGAGAAGAAAGAAGAGCAAA